AUGGGCUGCGCCGUGAGCACUACCGGCGAGAAGGAGGCCGCCGAGCGGUCCAAGAAGAUCGACAAGGACCUCCGCGCUGAUGGCGAACGCGCCGCCAGCGAGGUCAAGCUCCUGCUGCUCGGUGCUGGAGAGUCUGGCAAAUCUACGAUAGUAAAGCAAAUGAAAAUAAUUCAUGAGACCGGCUACAGUAAAGAGGAAUGCGAGCAAUACACUCCUGUGGUAUAUAGCAACACAAUACAAAGUUUAAUGACGAUAAUCAGGGCCAUGGGGGAUCUUAGAAUCGACUUUGCUGAACCUAGCAAAGCGGAUAUGGCGCGACAAUUUUUCACCCUAGCAUCGGCGGCGGAGGAGGGCGAGCUGACCGGAGAACUAGUGCUAUUAAUGAAGCGAUUAUGGCAGGACCCGGGACUGCAGCUUUGUUUCUCGCGUAGCAGGGAAUACCAGCUCAAUGAUUCGGCAGCGUACUACCUUAACGCACUUGACCGCAUAACGCAACAUAAUUAUGUCCCGACACAGCAGGAUGUUCUGCGAACGCGCGUCAAAACCACCGGAAUCGUGGAGACACAUUUUUCUUUCAAGGGCUUACAUUUUAAAAUGUUUGAUGUUGGCGGUCAACGGUCUGAAAGAAAGAAAUGGAUACAUUGCUUCGAAGGCGUCACUGCGAUCAUCUUCUGCGUUGCUCUGAGCGGCUAUGACCUGGUAUUAGCAGAGGACGAGGAGAUGAAUCGCAUGAUAGAAUCGAUGAAGCUGUUCGACUCGAUUUGUAAUAGCAAAUGGUUUGUCGAAACGUCUAUUAUACUGUUCCUGAAUAAAAAAGAUCUGUUCGAAGAAAAGAUCACCAGGAGCCCGCUUACUAUCUGUUUCCCGGAAUAUAAGGGCGCCAACACCUACGAGGAAUGCGCCUCUUAUAUCCAGAUGAAAUUCGAAAAUCUGAAUAAAAGGAAGGAUCAGAAACAAAUCUACACGCACUUUACGUGCGCAACAGACACAUCCAAUAUACAGUUUGUGUUCGAUGCCGUGACCGACGUAAUAAUCAAGAACAACUUAAAUAAUUGCGGAUUACUGAGUUAAACAUUCCAAUACUCGAUCAGUAAAUUAUCGAAAAAGAAGGGAUAUAUCUUAAUACAUUGACGACUCAUUAAUCUUCGCGAAUGCAUUAGAGAAUGAUGAAGAGACUGAUCGAAAGUUUUAAGAGAAACGUAUCCAUAAAUACGAAUAUAUAUUAUGCGAGGAUUUUAUUUACAUACACAUACACAAACAUACAUUAGGCUCUUGAUAUAUUUUAUAAUGGUAUUAUGCAACUCUAUUCGAUUCUAUAGUUUUUAAUGAAAUGUUCUUUGUAAAAAAAUUCUGCGUAAAUUCAUCCGGAUUUUUAGUAUAAAUGUGUUACUCGAUCCUUAACUUAUUAAUUUUACAUUCGGCGAUUAGACAACGAAGUAUUCUCAAAUUACGAACAAAGUAUUCAAUAUAUUUGGGAGUUAAAUUGAUAUUUCAGUCUGAUGACUGAGCAUUUCGCGUUGUCGCCAAGAAUGUUUUUUAUGCACUGUUUAUAAAAUAAUAAUUAUUUUUGAAAAUUAUUUUUGAAUUAAUUAACAUAUAUAUUGAUAUCUGAUUAAAUAGAUUACAUUUUUAAAAGUAUUUUUUAAAUUCCUUAUUGUUAUAUGUUUAUCUCUUUUUGAGUUAAUAAAUUUUCAUUAUUUUUUUUUUUUAUAAAAGAAAACAAUGCUUUUCCUGGCAAUGCGCGGAAGAAAAAAAAAGAAAAAAAAUUCGAGGCGAUAAUGUUAAAUAUAUAAAACGUAUCGUUUACUUAUAC